GUCAGAAUGAGAUGAUGUGAGAAUUAUACAAUGGACGAUUUAAUUCGGAGAUAUCCAUUACACGAAAGAACAUUUGCAGGUGAUGUUAGACAAGUUGCAGUAUUAUUACGAACGCAUGAUGUAUGUCAGAAAGAUACACAUGGAAACACACCUCUUCAUCUUGCUGUCAUGCUUGGACAUAAAGAGUGUAUACAGCUUUUACUAUCCCAUGGUGCCUCAGUCAAAAUGAAGAAUGCUUUGGGAUGGAGUCCAUUAGCAGAAGCUAUUAGUUUUGGAAACAGACAAACUAUUGCUUCGCUUCUAAGGAAGCUUAAACAACAAUCUAGAGAAGCUAUGGAAACUAGAAGACCCGAUUUGGUACGAGCAUUGAAUCAGAUGGGAGAUUUUUAUAUGGAAUUAAAAUGGGACUUUCAGAGUUGGGUUCCACUAGUAUCACGGCUAUUACCAUCAGAUAUCUGUAGGAUAAGAAAGAAAGGCUCCAGUAUCAGAUUAGACACAACACUAGUAGAUUUCAAUGACAUGAGGUGGGAAAGAGGGGAUGUGAGUUUUAUAUUUAGUGGAAAUGCUAAACCAUCACAAUCACUUACAGUUCUAGAUAAUGAGCAGAAAGUUUAUCAGAAGGUUCGCUAUGAGGAAACUGAAGCUGAAAUAGAAGAUGAAAUUGAUUUAUUGAUGAGUAGCGACAUAGUCAGUGUUCAGAUGUCUACAAAAUCUAUCACCUUCAGUAGGGCACAGACUGGCUGGAUCUUUAGAGGAGAUCGAACAGAGAUGGUAGGACCUUUUCUAGCAGAUUUUUACUUCAUUAAUGGGCUCGUCUUAGAAUCUAGGAAAAGAAGGGAACAUCUCACACAAGAAGAUGUGAUUAAAAAUAAAGCAAUUGUAGAAAGUUUUACCAAGGGAAGUGCAACUGGUUUAGAAAAUUCUGAGUUUCAGAGGAGGAAGUCUCUAACAGCCCCCCUAACCCCUCAGGUGACAUGGGAAGAAUAUAUCACAGCUACACAGGGAAAACCUCCUCAUUUAGGUCGCCAGAUGGUUAGUAAGGAAUCUGUUAAAAACUUUAAAGCCAUCCUUGCCAUGAGUGAAGAAUUUCCAUUAUCAGUAGAAUCCUUACUAAAUGUGCUUGAGGUAAUUGCACCUUUCAAACAUUUCAACAAACUGCGAGAAUUUGUACAAAUGAAACUCCCACCUGGUUUCCCAGUAAAAAUAGAUAUCCCCAUUCUUCCAACCGUCACAGCUCGCAUCACAUUCCAAGAUUUUCAGUUCAGAAAUGAGGUACCAGAUUCCCUAUUUGAGAUCCCAUCCAAUUACCAGGAAGAUCCUGGUCGUUUUCCAGACUUAUGAUGAUUGGCAGGCUUAAUCCUUUUGUCAGUGGAGACAACCUAUGUGGCCGUCCUUCUUCCAUCAGCCACUAAUUCGCGGGUCUUCCUCCACAUCAGGCCAACUCCUGCAGCUAGUCCUAGACCUGUCUGUUCACCUAUGAUUGUGGCAGUGUCAAACCUUCAAGUCUGUCACUGUUUUUAGAUAGUAGUUAUCAUCAAGUUGUAUAGUUUUUGUACAAAAUGUUUUAUUGCAUAAUAUUUUAUGAUUUCAUGAUUAAUAUUUAUUGAGUUAUUUCUAGUUACUGAGAUGUACAAGACACUCAGUUGUUCUAUAUGUUGAACAAGCUUCAAAUAUAAAAAAUUUAACACUGGCACCAUACAAAUAUUUUGGACUACCCAUUUCUAGAAAAGUUUUGAUGAAUGAUAUGCUUAUUCUCCUCAACAAACAAGAAUUUGAUUUACAAAGUUCAUAUUGUGUUAUUGCAGCAAAAGUGUAUUUGUACUUUGGUUUAAUGAUGAAUGAAGAAGAUCUUAUAUUCAAUGAAAUUUUAAUUUUUUUAAAUUGUUGCUGUUACACACACACACACAUCUAUGAGAUGAUUGGUUUAGCUUCAUCUCAACCUGAAUUCUAAAGGCCUUGUUUUAUAUAACGUCUUCUAAUUAUUGUACAGAACCCGAGGUUGUAAGUUUGGAAAAUACAAUUAUCUGGUUGUUAAUCUACUCUUGUAAAUGUAGCUGUAGUGAAAAAUUAUACCAGGAAAAGUUUUUAAUAAAUUAUGAAAUACUUCCUAAAUACUAUUAAUAAAGAAGUUUAACUAGUCGUAGAUUUUUU